AUGGUUCAAAGCUUAAAUUUUAGUGGGAUUUUUGGUAUCUUUAAUGUAUUAAGAAAUCCACAACUGGCUGUUCCACAUAUUAUAGUUGAUGAUAUUCGUGACAUAAAAUUCGAACAAUUAAAGGGGAAAGGUAUUAAAGCACUUGCAUUUGACAAAGAUAAUACCCUUACAAUUCCAUAUGCAGAUGAAAUAUAUCCACCAUUUAAGAAACCAAAUGGAGGACCCGAACUUAUUUCUCACUUUGCACGUUAUCCUCCCGAAAAAAUAGUGGUAAUUGGGGACCGUUUACUGACUGACGUCGUGUUAGGCAACUUAAAUGGAAUGGUUACAAUAUUUACAAAACGAAUAAUUACGGAAGAAGGUGAUAAUAAGAUUGCUAGUAUUGUACGAAAAGCAGAAUAUCGACUAUUGGCCGCACUUAAAGCUUACAUUGAGGAUAAUAAUAUAGAAGUUGAGAAUAAUAAUAUAGAAGUUAAGAAUAAUAAAGAAAACAAAUAUAGAAUUACUCCCGUGGAUGUAGAUAAACUAACAUUUGAACCAAGAAGUAGAUUUUGUUCAGAAUAUUGUAGAAAAGAAGCAUAUGUACUUGGUUUAAUUGAUAGAGAAAAAUGUCGUCACUGUGGGAUGUUACCGAGGUUAAUCCUUUCAAAUGGUAGGAAAGUUGAUUAUUGCGGAAUGAUUUGUAGAAAAGAAGCUGAAAAACAAAAAGGAGGAAGAAAUUAUAAAUCAUCAUCCCGUAGCAGUUCUGGUAGUAGUAAGCAUUCUUCAGUAUAUUUAACAUUGACACCAGAUAAACCUAUUUAUCAACCUAAAUCCAAACCAACAACUCUACUUCAAAAUAAUAAUACUAUUAAGGCUAGUAAAAGCUAUGAUAAUUUAUUAUCAAUUUCUCCGCGUCCUAGUCCAAAACGUUCCUCCACAUAUUCAUCAUCAUAUGACAGUGGAUACUCUUCAAAGACUUCAUCUACCAAUAAUUUUAAUAGUAAUUAUUCAUCACUUUUAACUGCACCACCACAUCAUAAUUUCCAACAAAAACGUUCUUCUCAUAAUACCGGUAGUCUCUCUUUACGUUCACCAACUCCAACGUCAACAAAAAGACGUUCGAUUAAUGAUGUUGAUCCUUUAUUUUCAGUUAAACCACCGUCUCCAAAGUCACCCACAUCACGUUCACCAACUCUAAUAAAAAGACGUUCAUUCAAUGAUAUUGAUCCUUUAAUUUCAGUCACACCUCCAUCUCAAAAUUUAUCAAAUAAUCUUUCACCACGUUUACCUACUCUAACAAAAAGACGUUCAACCAAUGCAAUUGAGCCUUUUAUUUCAUUUGUACCUUCACCUCAAGAUUCGUACAAUCAAAUAAAUAAUUCAUCUUCUUUUAUAAAUCCUCCACCACCUUCGCAUUCUCGUAGAUCUAGACGUAGUUCUCAUGUUCCUCCAAUGAAUGGACAUUCAGUUCCAUUAAUUAGUUUGAUCCCACCGUCUUAUAGUACAAAUCAUACUAAUUAUAAUAAUUAUUCUACAAAGAAAGUCUGA